UCCUCCAUCAGUUUCGGAUUCCCGCUGACAAUGUCUUGACUGUGAAACGAUCUCUUUUCAUUUCCAUAAUCACAUAUCAUCCGAACAAAGUUGAAUGUGGGCCAAGCCGAAGAAGUCUCCUUCGCCAACACCACGGAAGUCGAAAUGGAGCUCGAACCGGCUGAAGCCGUCCUCUUUCCAUGGUUUGUCCAGGCAUUAGGAGUUCUCACAUUCUUCCUUCUCAGUCGAUACGUCAAGUGGCUUCCCUACACUGCCGUGUUGUUUCUUCUUGGAACAUUCAUGGGGUUGGCGACGGCCAAAUUUCAAAAUGACAAUCGACUGUCCCAGUCCAUUCUAGAGUUUUGGAUACCCAUUGACAGCGAACUGCUUUUACUGGUUUUCUUGCCGGGUUUGAUUUUCAAGGACGCGUCGUCCUUAAAUGUGCACUUGUUUCAAGUUUCGAUCGUACAGUGUUUUGUGUUUGCCUUCCCAAUGGUACUGGGAGGAGCCGUCUUGACUGCUUUGGUGGCGUACUAUAUAUUUCCCUAUGGCUGGUCUUUUGCCUUGGCCAUGACUUUUGGAAGCAUUCUGAGUGCAACGGAUCCAGUCGCAGUGGCUGCUUUACUUGACUCCGUAGGCGCUCCACCACGCCUCAAACAGCAUAUUAGCGGCGAAUCGCUGCUAAACGACGGAAGUGCUCUCGUAUUUUUUGCACUUUUUGCUGAAGUUUUCUAUACCGAACUCGGCGUUGAAGGUCUGGGAACCGACUACAACUGGGGUUCCGGAACGGCUAAGUUUCUGCGUAUGAGUGGCGGUGCGUGCGCAGCUGGACUAUUUUUUGGAUUCGGCUUGAUUUUGCUCCUAUCAAUUUUGGAUAGACGACUCAAUCGAGAAGAAAAUAUUGUACAAACUGCCGCUACCAUUACCGUGGCAUACUUGUGCUACUAUACAGCCGAUGUGGUGUGGAGUACCAGCGGUGUCUUGGCCACAGUCGUGUGCGGUAUUACGUAUCGGGCUUUUGGAGAUGCCUUGAUCAAUGACAAUCAGCUAAUUUGUGAUUUCUGGGGCUUGGUCGAGCACUUGUUGAAUACUGUCUUAUUCGCGCUAGGUGGAUUAGUAUGGGGUAGUGUGAUCGCUAACGCAGAAGAACGUGAAGGAGAAUUUACUGGAAGAGAUUGGGCAGACUUUGUUUUCCAAGGCUAUUUGAUUAUAUUGUACAUUUUGUUGAUUAUAAUUCGAUUCGCUCUCUUUAUCGGCGCGUAUCCGCUCAUUUCCAGGAUUGGGCUCAAAUCAAGCAAGCCUGAAAUGAUCUUUCAGGCCUUUGGAGGCCUUCGCGGUGCUGUGGGAAUCAGUUUGGCAAUCGUUUUAGACAAUACAGUGCGCGAGGCGGCUGAAGAGGGAGACUUCAAGUAUGUUGGUCAGACCAACAAAGUGUUUGGAUUUGUUGGUGGAAUUGCUUUUAUGACGCUCUGUAUUAAUGCCACUGUAGCUGGUCCUCUGUUACGGCGAUUAGGCCUGGCUGACACAACAGCCAUUCGAAAAAAGAUAAUUGAAAGCUACAAGCUCCACUUGCGCUACGAAACAAUUGAAGAGCUAAUCCGUUUGCUAGCUCAGCCUCGCUUUGCCAAGAUCAAUUUUGCCCUGAUUCGGGACCAUGUUGAUUGGUUGAAAGAUCUUAGACAGGACGAAGUGUUAAAGGCCUACAAGGAUUACCGGAAUACUCAUAAUCACGAGAAAAACUAUCGUGAUCCAAACUUGUCUAAGGUUUCACCGUAUUUGGAAGACAACGAAAAAGAUCUGGAAAAACAAAUGGCAGAACAUCAGAAAGAAAACAUCGGCAUAUCAAGUGACAAAAACUCUACCAAAGUGAGGAUAGCCAAGGUCACAUCCAGUAUGUCGUUGAUAGAACUUCGCACGGUAUUUCUAGAAAUUUUACGUAGCGCAUACGCUAGACAAGUGGAACUCGGUGAGCUCUACAACCGUCAGUUUCUCGCCUUCUCUUUGGAACAAUCAAUUGAUUUUGCCCUCGACUCUGUCUCAAAUGGAUCCGAGUUGAAUGAUUGGGAGUAUGUGAGCGUCGUAAAAGCACCUUGGUCAACAUCGGUUUACACUUCGAAAGGAAUGAAGUAUUUUCGAAAAUGUUUCGGAGCUUUUGUCCUGCAAGAUGUGAAGUACGAAAUGAUGCGACUGAACGUGGAGCGAUGUCUGGCAUUUCUACAUGCACACGAUACUGCGCAGAGGCUAUUGAGUCAGCAGUUCUUGGAUGAGCAAUUCUCGGAAGAAGAGUCAAAGGUUAUUGCCGAGUCAAGACGUCAGUGUGUAGAGGCUGUCAAGCUAUUAAAGUCGUACCACAUGAGAGAUGUUGAGAUGAUUGUGUCGCACAACUUGUGCACGGUUCUCUUGUACAAUUCAUCUCGUUGCGUGGAAAAGCUGCAUAGAAAAGGUCUUCUCAAGGGCACAGAAGCCGAGACUAUACUGGAGAAGAUUCAAGAAUCGCUUCAGCGUGUUUACGCUUGCAGAGAGAGGGACCAUCCAGGGGAGCUCCCUGUAGACAGCGAUCUAAUGUCGGAGAAAGAUGUUGACGAAAUGGCACCGGCUUCUGGUUAAGGAUCGCUGGUCCAGAUUUGCUGCUGCUAGUGUGGUCAUAUAAUCUUGUUACUCGUGGAUCAUCAAGCGUACCGCCUCCAAUG